AUCUGCUCGUCUGAAAACGAGUCGAUUCAGAUAUCCAGUUGGCUUUUUGUGGGAUUAUUAUAUAGAUGGAAAUGAGUGUAGGUUUGUUGGUGGCUCCGGUUGUGUUGUUGCAGCGGUCAUAUAUAUCGGGCGGGAGGGUGCAGCUUCGACCAGAUCUGCCACCCAACUCGAUAGAGGAACACCAUUUGGAGCAAUUGCAGGGUUUAAACAUCACAAUACGAUGGCUGGUAUUAUCGUUUGAUGACAGUCCAAGAUCGAAUCCUAUUUUCACCGUCAUUCCGACUGAUCCAAUUUCCCGAAUUACGAUGGCUAGGAGGCAUGAAAAGGCAUGAGACAGAGUUGAAUGAUCUGGAUAGAAGAGAAUGGGUCCUCCUGGCAACCGAAUAUCGACGAAGACAACCACCGGCCAAUCAAUCCAAUACGUCACAAUAGGUUCUCGGCUCAACUACGAGGGAUUUAUUCAUCGCAACCCCAGACCCCAGGUUGGGGUUGGACGGACGACUGGAGGACGGUGGAUCUGACAGUCCCCUGAACAGCGAGUGACAUGUCCUGGUAAUCCCAAAGUGUGGGGGGUUGUCGUGUGCUAUGCGGAUUAUUUCCGCCCCGACAACAACAUCAACAUCGUCGCAGUGGGUGGUGACUCCGAGGCGGACGGUGAAACCGCCGGGCAGUUUUCUUAAUAUCGAAAAGUCAGGAUCAUUAAGGGGGCGAGGAACGGAAUAUAACGACCGAUGGAGCGAGGUAGACGAGAGAUGGCUGAUUUCUAAUCCUUGGAAGGCAGUCACGGAGAGUCUCACAGAUAUGAGGUCUCCACUGUGGGGUUUGUCGACCGGAGUCUUACUCUGUCGGGGUAGAAAGAGGAGGAGAGAGAGAGCGCGUCGUAACCUUUUAUCUCAACCCGCCUGGCUUACCGAGUAUGGAGAGAGUCUUAUCUCUGCUGGUCCCCCCUCCGACUCCACAGACCAGCUGACAUCAGCGUCUCCCCACUACCCAGUUCAUCCUUACUCUUUCAGUCACCGUCUUGUUCUCUCCACCUCCGCCAUUGGAGACGGACACCAGGACUUCAAAAGAUCAGGGAACGGCGGCAUGAGACUGAAUCUUUCUGAACUCGACCGAUGCGGCCGGGAUGCCACGUUGGCGGCUCGGAAGUCCGCGCCCCUUGCAUGAUCGCAUGGUCGCAUUCGUCCAGGCCAGAAUCGACCGGCUAGGCGUGAACGCGGUGAGGGGACGGGGCCCUAUUGGUCCAUGAACGCCAAGACGCGACGUCGGCGAUGCGAUCGACAGACAGCUCAACGGAAAACCACGCGAGACCCUGACUACCGACUGGUUAGUGGCCAGUGGCCACCAUCCUGACAACGCCCAGGAUGCAAGGGACUCCCCCAAUCACAGCAUGGUGCCAUGGCGCCCAAGACCGGGAAUGAGGCGGGAAGGAUUCGGAUAUCUGCAGGCUCGAUGGCCGGGCGAUGUCCGGGCCGGGCAUUGAGGCCGAACAUGACUUUUCUUUAUAGCGAUUUUUGAGGUCUGGAUGGAAUACGAAGUCGGGGUGCGAUGACCCGACCAUUACUAGAUAAGAGAUUGGAGCAAGCGAACACCGCUCCAGGGUUGCUCGUGGGUGGAAAUGGGGGACCCCGACCCUUCGCCGAGUGGGCCGAGAGG